CGGGUUGUUUGUUCACAAAGAUUGAUUCAAUAAAAACAAAAUGAAUAAACGAUGAACUCCAUGCAUUUUGACUUUUUAUAUAAACCCUUUUUCUACAUAUUUUCAACCCUUAAUUGCUUUACUUAUUCACCUCCAAACACCAAAUCAAGAAUCGAAAUAAGAAAUGAUCAGAAACAUGGAUCAAAACCAUGUUAUCACAAUAGAUCAAGAACUAGAACUCAUGAAUAACCAAAUGAAAGAAUCACCAAAAUUACUCAACAUGUUAGCUGGCAAGAGUUCUUGUUGCAUAUAUAGAGUCCCCCGAAGUCUAGAUGAAAUUAAGAAAGAAGCAUAUCAACCCCGAAUUGUGUCGAUCGGCCCAUACCACUCUGGGAACAAGGAUCUUGAGAUGAUUCAAGAACAUAAAGGGAGGUUCCUCGACUAUAUGAUCACAAGAACCGGUAAGUCACUUAGUGUUUUCAUGAAUAUCAUAGUGCCAUUGGACAAUGAAAUUCGAGAAAGCUACUCGGAGUAUAUUGAUCUUGUCCCUAAUGAUCUAGCUAAAAUGAUGGUGCUUGAUGGGGUUUUCUUGAUUGAAUUGUUUAGAAAAGUUGGGAAGUUGGUUGACACUCACCCGGAUGAUCCCAUCUUUAAAGUAACUUGGAUUGUUCCAUUGUUGAUGAGAGAUAUUUUGAGGAUAGAGAAUCAAAUUCCAUUUUUUGUUCUACAAAAGUUGUUUGAAGAGUCUAAAAGCGGGGACCGUACGCUUCAAUCUUUAAUCCUUGAGUUUUUCAGCCGUGCGGUUGGUAGGCAACCAGACAUUUUAAAGAAGUUUGAGAAUCUUGAUGGAAAACAUUUACUUGAUUUUUUUAGACAGAGUUUCAUAACUAAUAAGAAUAGAAACACGAAUUAUCCUAAAAAGGAUGUUAAAAGCAAUAACCUUUCCCUUAAAUUCAUCCCAUCUGCAACCAAGCUUAUUAAGAUUGGGGUAAAUUUUAAGGCUAAUUAUGAAGCUGAUAGCUUCUUGGAUGUUGAAUUUCAAAACGGAAUGCUAUUAGUUCCUCAAAUCAAUUUUAACGAUUUUUUCUAUUCGUUUCUCUUAAACUGUUUGGCUUUCGAGCAAUGUAACUUUCAUUGCUCGAAACAUAUUACAACCUAUGUUGUGUUCAUGGGAUGUCUCAUAAACACCUCAAUUGACUUGGGUUUGCUUUCGGAAAGUGAGAUUAUUGUGAAUUGUUUUGGUUCGGAUCAUGAUAUUGAAAAAUUCUUCAAGGAUGUUGGGAAAGAUAUGAUUGUGGGUAUCGAUGAUCAUUACUUGUCAAGCUUGUUUAUGAAUGUAAACAAGUAUGGUAAAGAUUGGUGGCAUCUACAAUGGGUCAAGAUUAAGCAUGCCUACUGGAAGAAGGGAGGGGUCUCAAUGUCUUUUACUAUGGGUUUUGUGCUGCUUUAUUUAGGAGUUAUUCAAACAGUCUUCACUGUUUUUUCGUACUACGUACCAAACCAAUAAGUGAUGUAAGUGGUUCAGGCCGUAGCUAGAGUGACUGUUGAUUCCUUUACGUCGAAUUUGUUGGCCCCAACUGAUCUUUGAUCUCUAGAACAUGAAUCAAACUUGAAUAUAAACCGAAUAUUUUUUGUACAUGUGAUGAAUACAAUUGAAAAAUCUAAACCCUAUUUAUAGUAAA